AUGGGCAAAGGAAAAGGUAAACAAAAGGGGCAUGACAAACAAAAUCAAGGAAAGCAGAAAGGAAAGAAAGAUCAGAAAGAACAGCAGAAAGGAAAUAAAAACUCUGGAUACAUUAGUUCCUGCAAAGAAUUUAAAUUUAUUAAUGAAGAAAGAGUUAGAAACUUUUUCAACAAUAAAACUUGCAUGAAAGCAUUAUCCUCGAAGAACCCACUAUCUAAAAAUGAAAUUAAAAAUCUCAAAAGUAUACAUCCAUUAGUUAAUUGGUAUAACCCGACUAAUCUAUCACUUUGCUUAGUUUGUGGUCAAGCAUUAGAUGAAAAGCACUUUGCAGAGCAUAUGGAAGACAAGCAUGUUCUUGCAUUAUCAAUUAAUGAUCAAACAAUUUAUUGUACAAAAUGCAACAGAUACAUACCAAUCGAAAAAGGAACAUUACUAGCCGAAUUACUUAACAUUGAACAGCCAGAAACGAAGCCAGUCGUCUCUGCAGCACCACUUAAAUCCGGAUUAAUGGCUAGAGGCCUACAUAACCUCGGAAACUCAUGUUGGAUGAAUUCCUCGUUGCAAUUACUAAGCAGACUACCUCUUCUCCCAGACGAGGUCAAUGGUUCAAAGGCUCCUCUCGCUCAAGCCUUUAAAUAUUUGUCAACAGAUCUUAAAAAUUCUGGUCACGCGAUUAAACCUGGCCAAUUCGUUUCUGCCCUUCUUGCAAGGCUUCCUUUCUUAUCUGUGACGGAGCAGCAAGAUGCAUACGAGUUCUUCACUCUAUUCUUUGAUUCAUUACGCGAUGAAAUGGGCGGAAACGCAAAAGAUUUGUCUGGAAAUGAUAUCGAAAAUGUAAAGAAAAGUGACACGACGACUACUGACAAAAGUGUCAGUUUUAUAUUAGAUAGUGAGAUGCGCUGUGAAACAUGCAAUUCUGUGACUCAUAUAUAUCAACGCACGACAGCUAUUUCUCUUUGUGUUCCUUAUGGAGCAUCAACAACAUUAGGAGAAGUUUUGGAUUCAUAUUUCAGUGAAUCAUCAUCAGGUGAUGACUGGAAAUGUGAUACAUGUGGAAAUACAACAAGAUGUGCUAUUAUUCCACAUAUUGCGACAACUCCACAGUUCUUAAUUCUUCAUUUGGCAAGGUUUAGAUUUAGAAAUAAUGGUUUCAUCAAAAAUAACAUAAAAGUGGAACUACCUCUUGAAAUUUCUCUUGAUAAAUAUGGAAUUGAUGAGAAAUAUAGCUUGUUUGGAUUCGUUACUCACUAUGGAACAAUGGAAAGUGGACAUUAUACAAGUGUUUAUCAUGAUAAAACUGGUUUUGUUUAUUUCGAUGAUGAAUCUGUGUCAUCAAUCGCUGAACAAGAAGCUUUGAAUAUACAACCAUAUAUUAUUAUAUAUAAGUUAGAUGUACAUGCUUAA